AUGAAUCACAUAGAGCUGAUGAAGUGUGUGCUGCUGCUCGUGUUCGUGUCGAGUGUGUGUGAAGCUGCAGCCCUGCCAUCCUGCCGGUGGGCACACUACAAAGAACUGAGCGAGAAGAGCAAGAACUUGCUGGAGCGUAUGGGUGGCCAGUUGCCACAGGAGUGUUUAGAGGGAAAAAACAGCUCCUCUCCUUCCUUUCCAAAGGACGUGUUCAUUAAAGCUCAGAAUGAAGACCUGGUCUUGGUGGCUCUUGAAACUCUGAGUGGAGUUAAAAAAAUCUUCAAAAACAACCACACACUAGUGAAGUGGGAGAGCGACAGUCUGGCAAUCUUCAGGAGCCUUGUGUUUAGACAAGUGAGAAAGCUGCAGGAAUGCGCAGGGAAAAAGUUCCAGACGGCGAUGGAGAAACCUGCGGACAGCAGCACUGCUACACUGAGGUCGUUUUUUGAAAAGCUGGAGGAGCGACUGAAAGAGAAGGAGUUCAGCUCGUGCGCCUGGGAGAUAGUGAGAACUGAGCUUCAGGGUGGCCUCGAGGAGCUUCAAACUGUUCUAGAGAGCAGGAACUAA